AUGUCCGACGGUCCACCCGCCAUGGCAGCGCCUGUGUGCCUGAUUGAGAACACAGACCAGGGCCUGCAGACGGUGGAGUCGUCCCUCAACCUCCUGCGGAGGAUCCAGCAGCCCGUGGUGGUGGUGGCCGUGGUGGGGCUCUACCGCACCGGCAAGUCCUACCUCAUGAACCGGCUGGCCGGGCAGCAGUCAGGCUUCGCCCUGGGCAGUACCAUCGAGUCGAAGACCAAAGGCAUCUGGAUGUGGUGUGUACCCCACCCUGUUAAAGAAGAGCAUACACUGGUGCUGCUAGACACAGAAGGACUUGGUGAUGUCGACAAGGUGGAUUCAAAGAAUGAUAUCUGGGUCUUCUGCCUGGCUGUGCUGCUCAGUAGCACUCUGGUCUACAACAGCAGAGGCACCAUCGACAACCAGGCCAUAGAGAAACUGCAUUAUGUGACGGAGCUGACCAGUAAGAUCCAAGUGAAUUGUGCAGGUGCCACUAAUGAUGAGGACCCAGAGGACUGUGAGUUUGUCCGCUUCUUCCCAGACUUUGUCUGGGCUGUUCGGGACUUUACUCUUGAGAUGAAACGCGGUGAUCAAGACAUGAGUGAAGACCAGUACCUGGAAUUUGCCCUGGAGUUAAAGAAGGGUCGAAAUCGUAAGGUCUCAGACUACAACCUGUCAAGAGACUGCAUUCGGAACUUCUUCCCGACCCGGAAGUGCUUUGCCUUCCCGUUCCCGAUGGCGGCAAACAACAUGAAACAUCUGAACUCCAUGUCUGAGGCUGACCUCAACCCAGACUUUCUGAAAGUCACUGAUCGUUUUUGCAGUUCAGUCUUUGAAGAGGGCCGUGUGAAGACCACAAAGGGAGGUCAUGGGGUCACUGGCAGCCGGUUCAGCCACCUUGUGAAGAUCUACGUGGACACCAUCAACAGUGGCAGCAUUCCCUGCCUUGAGAAUGCAGUGGUUGUCAUGGUAAAGAUUGAGAAUGAGUCGGCUGUGAAUGAGGGGUUCGAGCUCUAUGAGCAGGGCAUGGAGAACUGUAGCAAGAACUUCCCUAUUGAUGUUGGAACACUCUCAGCGGAACAUCAACGCCUUGAGGCCAUGGCAAUGCAGGUUUUCCUGAAACGUUCCUUCAAAGACACAGAGGAGAAGUACAUGACAAUGUUGCAAGAGAGAGUGGCAAAGCUAUGUGAUCAGCUGAUCAAUAAGAACAUGGAUGCUUCUGAAAAGCUGUGUUGGAAGCUUCUCUCUGAUCUCUAUCUGCCAAUAGCCGCCAACAUUGAAAAGGGAAUCUAUGCCAAGACAGGUGGGUAUGCAAUCUACCGCCAUGAACGAGACACCAUGGUGGCCAAGUACCAGCAGCAUGGCAAAAAGGGCAUGAAGGGGGAGGAGAUGUUGGAGAGGUUUCUCCAGGAGAGGAGUGCUGAGGCCAACUCCAUCCUGAUGGCAGACCAGAAACUCUCAGAGGUCGAAAAACAAAUGGCCGAGGCCCGAGAGUGUGAGGCACUGCAGAAGCAGCAGGUCAAGGUGGCAGAGCAGCAUCAACAGGACCUGCAGCGCGUCCGGGAGGACGAGCAACGCAGCCAGGAGGAGCGCUUGAGACGCAUGGUGGAGAAGAUGGAGGAGGAGAAACGCCUCCAACUUGAGGAGCUGGAACGUGCCAUGGACUGCAAGCUGAAGGAGCAGAAGGAGAUGAUGGAGAAGGGCUUCAGGAACCAGGCUGAUAUCAUGAACCAGGAGAUCGAGCAGCUCAAGAAGGAGAAGGAAAUGGAGAUGGAGAAGGAGGCUGGGCCAGGGAUCUUUGAGAAGUACAUUGUGCCUGCAGCCAAAAUCGGUGCAACCCUCCUCUCCACCUUCUUGUCAUACCAAAUUGCACCUGUCUUUAGUGAUGCUCACUAG